AUGGGAGAUGCUUGUUUGUUUCACCCUCCGACAACUCUGAUUGUCGGCGGGAACGGCAAAACCGCACGUCAUCUUACCUCGCUCCUCACCUCCGCAAACCCCGCCCAUGCCGUCUACAGCAUCAUUCGCAACCCUGACCAGGUUCCCUCGCUCAUCGCCAUCGGCGCUCAUCCCAUUGUUCAAGACCUGGUCUCCGGCACAGUGGAAGAUUUUGUCAAGAUCCUCGAGCGCACCCAGCCCGACACAGUCGUGUGGGCCGCCAGCAACCCCCGUGCCCCUGUCGAGGUCGACCGUGACGGCGCCAUCAAGGUCAUCGAUGCCCUCGCUCAGGCUGAGAUCCCGCGGAAGCGCUACGUCGCUAUCAGCUCUGCUGAUGUGCGCGACCGCAAGAGGCCGACGCCUGAUUGGUACAGUGAGGCAGACAUCAAGCUGAGCGACCGCAUGUGGGGGGUUAUUGAGCCGGCGCUGAGGGCUAAAUUCGAGGCCGACAAGGACCUGCGUGUCAACAACCGGAGCCGAGGAAUCGAGUACACCAUCAUUCGGCCUGGUGGUUUGACAGAGAAGGAGGCCGAGGGCCGAAUCAGGGCGGGCAAGGUUGGUCUCCAGGGUAUGAUCAGCCGGGCCGAUGUCGCAGGUGUCCUCUUUGCUGCGAUCGAGGAUGAGUGGACCACGGGCCUGGCAUUCGAUAUCCUGGGUCCCGGGGAGGGUGAUUUGCCGAUCAAGGAAGCUGUCAGGAGCGUGUCUGCGAAGCGCGAGGAUACUUUUGACGGAUAUUAUUAG